AUGGAGUGGUUGCACAGAGAAUCAUCUGUUGAUGUUGAAAGCAUUUUAUUAUUCAAGGAUUUUAGAAUAAAACCAAGAACAGUUGAUCAAAUAAUGUUGCAACAAAUAUACGGAACAAUCAGUUUAAUACAAUAUUUGGUCAGCACUUACUAUGCCCAUUUAACCUCCGUAUUGAUUGUCUACGAUUCUAGCAAUAUCUACAAGAAUGUAAAGCAGCAACAAUAUUUAGAUGAUGUACAGCAGGCUUUUGAAAAUCAAUCCAGACAUGGCAACACAAUUGGUCUGCAGUGGAUUAAUAUAGAUUAUUUUAAUGACAUAGAAGAAGAUUUCGAUGAGCAAAUCUUAAAUGCCGUGGAUAUUGUAGCUGUUGAGGGUUUCAUAACAAUACUUGGAAAUACUUCACGAUUUUUACAUGCCCGCUACUAUGCAACACGCUACACAACUCUACGCCUCAAGGAUAAAAUCUAUUUGUUUUUGUGCGAGUCAGAAGAGAAUCCCAAAGAUUUUUUAGCCAACGAGAUACUGCAGUUUUAUCCUCAUCAUUUGAUGGUAAUACCUGAAACCAUAUAUCCUGAGUCUAAUAACAAGAAAAACAACAGAAAAAUAGAAAGAGAAACUCAAAAACCAAAUAUUAAACAAACUUCUCUGGCUAAGAAAACAACUGCAACAACUGACAAAUUGCACAUUGCAAAUGUUUCCAUGGAAAUAGUUGUUGAUGUCACCACUGCUGCUACGUUGUCGUCUUUUUUUAACACUCAUAUUGACGAUACAAACAAAAACUACAAAUACCGCGACAUCAAUUUUGAAUUGUGGACACAACAGUAUGGUGGUGCUGAAGGCAAUUUAAAUGCCAUACACCUUGAUACCUACAUUAGUGGUAAUGGAACAUUUGCCAAAAAUGUUCAACUUUAUCCGAAUAAACUUUGGAAUCUACAACAACGUACGAUGAGAAUCGGUUCCUUAACUUAUGUACCAUACGUAAAAACUUAUUAUGUGCCAUCCGGUCAAGGAGAUGUGGAUUCUAUUAAUUCUAAAGCUCCACAAAAGACAGUUCAGUUUAUUGGCGUGGAAGCUGAGCUAAUGAAAUCUUUUUGUCAUAUACGUAAUUGUCAUUUAAGAGUAGAGCCUUAUGCUGCCGAUAAUUGGGGAAUCAUAUAUGACAAUGGUUCUGCCGAAGGAAUGCUGGGAGAUCUUUAUAUGCAGCGUACCGAAAUGGCCAUAGGCUGUAUUUACAAUUGGUAUAAUGAUAUAACAGAAACCUCACAGUUCAUAGCUAGGUCUGCUGUAACUAUUCUAGGACCAGGACCAGCACAAUUUCCCCGUUGGCGCACCAACAUUAUGCCAUUCUCCUAUGGUCUAUGGAUAUUUCUGGUGUUUACCAUGAUAAUGUGCUCCUUAAUGUUUCAUUUUAUCAAAUACGCCUCAUAUCGUUUUAAACACAUUUAUUCGGCACGACCAAAUAAAUAUCGUAGUAUUAAGAACUAUGAAAAAACUUUGUUGGACAUAUUUGCUGUGUUCAUACAACAACCUUCUGCAGAUACAGUUUUGCACCGCGUAGCCACUCGCAUAUUUUUGGCAUUUCUAUUGUGUGCCACCAUAACUUUGGAAAAUACCUAUAGCGGCCAAUUAAAAUCUAUUCUAACAAUGCCUCUGUUUAAUGAGCCUGUGGAUACCAUGCACAAAUGGUCUUUAAGUGGCUGGAAAUGGGCCGCUCCUUCUAUAAUAUGGGUGCAUACGGUGGAGAACUCAGAUUUAGCCAUGGAACAACGUUUGGCCAAACAAUUUGAGGUUAGAGAUUAUGAAUUUCUAUAUAAUGCCACAUUUUGGGACAACUACGGCUUCGGAGUGGAACGCAUUUACAGUGGCUCAUUUUCGUUUGGUGACUACAUAACGGGCUCAGCUUUGGAGAAUAAAAUUGUUCCCAAAGAUGAUUUGUACUUUGAUUGGACACGUGCAGUGGCCAUCAGAGGCUGGCCUUUGAUGCCUUUACUUGAUCGACAUAUAUUAUUUUGUUUGGAGACCGGCAUAUAUAUCCAUUGGGAAAGACGCUUUAGUUACAAAUUUUUGGAUCAUCAAGUGCAGGACAUUUUAAAGAAGCUGGCUUCUGGUUAUAAACCCAAGUCACCACCUCAAAUGCUGUCAAUUGAACACAUAUCGGGACCUUUGUUCAUCUUACUAUUUGGCUAUCUAUUGGCAUUUCUUGUUUUGAUGUUUGAGUUAUUUGGCCAUCGUUUGAACACAAAUGUUUUGUCUGGCGGUCGUUAUUUAUUUAAAAUUAAUAAAUAA